CCCCGCCGCAGCUCCUUUAAUACACUUUGGUUCUCCGCCUGGCUUUGGACUCUUCUCCUCCUCCACCUCCUCCUCCUCCCGCGCCUCCUCCUCUUCCUCUCGGCGCCUUCCUUCGACUCCCGGACGCCCGAAGCAGAUCCAGGCGGCAGAGGCGGUGGGAGCUAAAGCGCUGGUCUCGGGGCUCGAGCUACCACCCCCGCUGCCUGCUCUUGGAGUCGGGCGGCUCCUAGACUCACUGUGCACGGAGCGGGUGUGGGAGCCUUAGAAAGCAAGGGGCUCGCCGGGGCGGGCGGGCGCGCUGGCCAUGCUGCUGGACGCGGGGCCGCAGUUCCCGGCCAUCGGGGUGGGCAGCUUCGCGCGCCACCAUCAUCACUCAGCUGCAGCCGCGGCGGCGGCGGCGGCAGAAAUGCAGGAUCGUGAACUGAGCCUGGCGGCGGCGCAGAACGGUUUCGUGGACUCCGCGGCUGCUCACAUGGGCGCCUUCAAGCUCAACCCGGGCGCCCACGAGCUGUCCCCGGGCCAGAGCUCAGCGUUCACGUCUCAGGGCCCCGGCGCCUACCCUGGUUCCGCUGCGGCCGCCGCCGCCGCCGCGGCACUCGGGCCCCACGCCGCGCACGUCGGCUCCUACUCCGGGCCGCCCUUCAACUCCACCCGGGACUUUCUGUUUCGUAGCCGCGGCUUCGGAGACUCGGCGCCCGGAGGCGGGCAGCACGGGCUAUUCGGGCCAGGAGCUGGCGGCUUGCACCACGCGCACUCGGACGCGCAGGGCCACCUCCUCUUCCCCGGCCUCCCUGAGCAGCACGGGCCGCACGGCUCACAGAAUGUGCUCAACGGGCAGAUGCGCCUCGGGCUGCCAGGCGAAGUGUUCGGGCGAUCGGAGCAGUACCGUCAGGUGGCCAGCCCGAGGACCGACCCGUACUCGGCGGCUCAGCUCCACAACCAGUACGGCCCCAUGAAUAUGAACAUGGGUAUGAACAUGGCAGCGGCCGCGGCCCACCACCACCACCACCACCAUCACCCUGGUGCCUUUUUCCGCUACAUGCGGCAGCAGUGCAUCAAGCAGGAGCUCAUCUGCAAGUGGAUCGACCCCGAGCAGCUGAGCAACCCCAAGAAGAGCUGCAACAAAACUUUCAGCACCAUGCACGAGCUGGUGACCCACGUCUCAGUGGAGCAUGUCGGCGGCCCGGAGCAGAGCAACCACGUCUGCUUCUGGGAGGAGUGUCCGCGCGAGGGCAAGCCCUUCAAGGCGAAAUACAAACUGGUCAAUCACAUCCGUGUGCACACGGGCGAGAAACCCUUUCCCUGUCCCUUCCCGGGCUGCGGCAAAGUCUUCGCGCGCUCCGAGAACCUCAAGAUCCACAAAAGGACCCACACAGGGGAGAAGCCGUUCCAGUGUGAGUUUGAGGGCUGCGACCGGCGCUUUGCUAACAGCAGCGAUAGGAAGAAGCACAUGCACGUCCACACCUCUGAUAAGCCGUAUCUGUGCAAGAUGUGCGACAAGUCAUACACGCACCCCAGCUCUCUUCGGAAACACAUGAAGGUCCAUGAGUCCUCUCCGCAGGGCUCUGAAUCCUCCCCAGCUGCCAGCUCUGGCUAUGAGUCCUCCACACCCCCGGGGUUGGUGUCCCCCAGCGCUGAGCCCCAAAGCAACUCCAACCUCUCACCGGCGGCGGCGGCGGCGGCAGCGGCGGCGGCGGCGGCGGCGGUGGCGGUGUCCGCGGUGCAUCGGGGUGGAGGCUCAGGCAGCGGCGGUGCAGGCAGCAGCUCUGGCGGAGGCAGCGGCGGGGGCAGCGGGGCGGGAGGUGGGGGCGGCGGCAGCUCUGGUGGGGGCAGUGGAACUGCCGGGGGCCACAGUGGCCUCUCCUCCAACUUCAAUGAAUGGUACGUUUGAGGGGCUGGGGCCUCUCUCCUCCCAGUCCUUACCCUAGCGUAGCAGUUCUCCGUCACCCCGAGGGCACCCUGUGAUUGUGUUGUUAAAUUAUGAAUCUGAUUUUUAUGAUGAUUAAAAUGAUUUUACCAGCAGAAGAAUUUUUAAAAGUUUUUUUAAAAAAAUAAUCUAGGCAUGAAAAGCAAAAAUAUCCCUAAUGCAGUCUCUGAAGCUUAAAAUAAAAAAGCGCCAUGAAAAUAUUGAACCAAACCCACUUUUCCUUCCCUCGUGCCCUCUUUCCUUCUCACCCCGUUCCCAGUUUUCUGGCAAACUGUGUACAUAGCAGACUCCUUCCUUCUCCGAGGUGGUUUUAAUGGCUUUUUGGUGUAUAGAAGUUUGUCCAUUUGUAACCCUCUGGAUUGCGUUCCUCCCUGCCUUCCCUUUUCCCAAAGUGAUGAUGGGUUUUUCUUUUCUCUUUUUAGUCUACUCGGUUUCUUUUUAAGUAAUGUGGAAGAAAAUGGUUUAUUUUGUAUUGUGGUAAUGAAUAUUGUGGGGUUUUUUUUUAAUGAGGCAACUUGAUUGUAAACUUCAUACAACUAUAGACUGGAGAAAAAAUGAGCCGUGCCAAAGUCUCCCUUCUGUUUCUUCAACAUACUGAUCCACAGCACACACAUAUACACCACCAAUGCUUGUGAAUGUAUUUUUCUGUUAGCUGGGUUUACAUGUGAUGUUUUAGUGCUUUUGCAAGUUCAAUUUGUUAGUUUCUGUAUGAAAGAUUGUGGGGGGGAAAUAAAGGUUGUACUGUUAGCUUUUUCCUUAACAACACCCUUCCUUUUGUAAAUACCCAUUACCAUAUUUAUCCAUUUGUAAUUAAAUUAUGGUAUUAACUUGCUACAGAGGAAACAAUAUUUAUAAAGAAUGUUUCUUAACUAUAAAUAUGUACAAUUGUGGGCAUAAACUGUUUCAGAUUUUUUAUUUGAAGGUUUUAAGUGGCUUGAUCAUUUCUUGUGAUAUGUUUUGAAAGUAAUGCAUACAGAAAUAUAAUAAAAUGUGUUGAAACUGCAUGAACAUA